CAAAGGUUAAAGAAAUCUUGGGUGUCACACAACCGAUCAACCCGUCUUGUUUUCAAAUUGCUUGACUUCGAUUUGGUUGGUCCCUAUCUCACGUAUAAGGGCAUUUCCCCUAAAAUUUCUUCCUUCUAGUUACUCCCACUCAUGGCUUCCAAACUACGCAUCGAUCAGCUCCGAGCUCUAAGCUCCACCGUCUUCCAUGGCAUUGGAGAUUCCCUUUCAAUUCGAGCUUCUCAAAAUCAUCAUAUCAGACACUUCUCUGAUGUGUCAUCGCCGACGCUCUCUCCCGCCGGUUCUUCUUCGCCACCGCCUCAAAAUGUUGAGCUGAAAACUGCGCCUCAACCUGAGAAAAUGAACAUAAACGCUUCUACUACCUCGUCUGUGAAUCAAAUUGAGCUUGCCAAAUUCUCCGCCAUUUCUGACACCUGGUGGGACGCCGAAGGGCCAUUUAAGCCACUGCAUGCGUUAAAUCCUACAAGAGUCUCAUUUAUCAGAUCCACUCUUUGCCGUCAUUUUAGGAGAGAUCCUUGUUUAGUUAGGCCUUUUGAAGGACUGAACUUUAUUGAUGUUGGUUGUGGUGGUGGAAUUCUGUCUGAGCCUUUAGCUCGAAUGGGAGCAACUGUGACAGGAAUUGAUAUGGUGGAUAAAAACAUCAAGAUUGCCCGUGUGCAUGCUGACCAGGAUCCUGUGACAUCAACAAUUGAAUAUUAUUGUACCACAGCUGAAAAUCUGGUAGAGCAGCAGAAGGAGUUUGAUGCUGUCAUCGCUUCAGAGGUAAUUGAGCACGUGGCAGAUCCUGCUGGAUUUUGCCAGUCCUUGGCAGCAUUGACAGUAGCCAAUGGAGCUACAAUUGUUUCUACUAUUAACCGUUCUAUGAGGGCAUUUGCAGCUGCCAUUGUUGCAGCAGAAUACAUUCUUCGCUGGCUUCCUAUAGGUACGCAUCAGUGGUCGAGCUUACUUACCCCUGAAGAAUUGGUCCUGAUAUUACAACGUGCCUCAAUUUCGGUUGAAGAAAUGGCCGGAUUUGUGUACAAUCCCUUAACAGGCCAAUGGUCCCUUUCAGAUGAUACUAGUGUAAAUUACAUUGCGUUUGGUAAAAAAAUUAGCCAGCAAACAGACUAACGAAGGUGUAUUCUUAAUUCUCAGGUAGCUUCCCUCUAAACAUGACCUUAAACACUUCUUUUUCUUUGUGGCAAAUGAGAACUAUUAAUCUCAUGUAAUAUUAAGCACUUUGUGAGGUUAGGUUUGUGAUCUCGGGCAGACUCCAUUUUAGCUUACUUUCUUGAAUAAAUCUCUACUUUGAGCAGAGAAGGGAAGGGAAAGAAAAAUGGGUUCCGACUUGCGCAUUCCUUUUAAUUAUUAUUCAAAGUAAACAUAUACAAGAAAUUUUCUAUCA